AUGCCCAGUAGUGAUAUACAAAAUAAGGAUUUACUGAAAGGCUCUGUAAACAGCAGCCUAUACUCCACUACACAUACUUCAAAUAGGAGGCAAGAUUAUAUUCUUCGGGUGAGAUACCAUAAUCCACUCCCUCCACCCCCAUUUCCUCCUAGGCUCAUUAACAUUUCAAACCCAGUCAAGCAAUAUGCCUUGCCAAAUUUUGUGUCUAAUGUAGUUCAAGAAAAGAAAAUUGCGAUUGAAAAUGAUGCUGAACUUGGAAUGCCCAUGGAUUUAGCUGCUGUUGAUGGAUUUUUCGAGGGUGAUACGUCCUGGAUGCAAUCCGACAUGUCUGGUAUGAAUUUGGACCCAGCCGAUCGUGCUUUGCUCAAAGUUGCUGGCGGAUCUGGCUCUUCUCAUGUUGAGGUCCCAUUUUUGCGACGAACUGAAUACAUUUCUUCUGAAGUUGGACGAAAUACCUCAACUCGUGGUAAUUUGCGAUUGACGGCUUCUACGAGCAAAGCAAUUGCUGAGCAGCGCGGUCGGUCGCUUCGUGAAAUUCCCAAUCAAAUUGGGGCUAUUGACCAAACCUUUUCGGCCGUGAAGGAGCCUUUGCAAAAUUUAAAACAUCCAACAAAACCCGACUUGAAACCGGUUGGUGCUUGGAACCUUUUGCCAAACGAUUCGAUGGCAGGCAUUCAGCAUCUUAUGCUACGUGUUUCUGAUAACCUUACAGACCGUGCUCCUACUCCGUCAACGUCUGAAGAAGACGAUGUUUCCAAACGACACAGAGUUGCUCUUUUUAUGCCUUCUUCCGCAGAAGGAGAACAAUAUUUAUCUUACUAUCUUCCUUCAGAAGAGGCCGCAGAAAAAGUUCAACAAGCCUCCAACGACUCUUCCUCGACUGAGGGCCCUUUCUUGUAUAACUUAUUCCGCAAUUUUGACGCCACUAUGCAUGUUAAUCCUAGUGGUUUAGAAGAUUUAUGUUUAAGUCUCCACACAGACAAAGAAAAUCCUAAAAACAGCCAAGCCCUAUACACUCCUGUUUACGCACGGUCGACAUUAAAACGACGACAUGUUCGUGCUCCCGUCAACCCCGACACAAUUGAUGGUAUAGAGUUGAGAUUACGAAAAAUAAACAAGGAAGAAGGUGUGCAGUUGAAACGGGCUAGGUAUGAUUCGUUUGCAAUGGGCGACGAGGAAGCUCUUGUGAAGGAGGAGCAAGAAAUUGCUGAAGAGCAAGUGGGAGAAGAAAAUGAACUUAAUGAAAUUGAAGAGCAACAACAAGGCUCGAAUAUUCAGUCAGAGUCUGUAGAAAAUGUUCAGCCAUUGUCCACUGAGGAGUCAGGACAGGUUCCCACUCACAAUGAACAGAACGAAGAAGGGAAGGAAAGCGAAGAUCAAGGUGAACAGAAUCGACAAUCAGAAAUUGUCAAUGAUAAAAAUAAUAAAUCCAGCUCAGAUGAGUCCGAGAAUAUAAUUGAAGGAGAUCACCAAAGUCAACAGGAAGAACCAAAAUUGAAUCCCGCCGAAGAGGUUGAAACCAAUGCUCCUACUGCUAAUUCACCCUCACCUGCGUCGGGAUCAUCCUCUAAUUCUUAA